CACCAAUAUAACGGAGUCUAACGGCUAAAAAACCACCAAUUUUUGCCCUAGCGCCCUUGGUCACAGAUGGCCUGCAUAAAUCCGAACACAAUUCUCUGUUAGAUUUGCAUGCGGUUCGGAUUCCAGCGCGCUAAUCAAGUUCCUUCUAUGUGGCUUUUAAUAACUUUCGAAAGUUUCUAGCUGUUAGUAAUCUACUUUUUGUCCGUGUUAUGUUAUGAUCGCCACACCAUAGUACCCACCCCCCUGGACAUAGAGUACACGAAGGGUCUAUGUAAUAAUAUACCUCAAAACUCACGUGCAGUUCCUCUUCAUUCUGUGAGUACACGUGCUUCUUUCAGGCACAGCUGCGUGACUGAUGGAAUGACUCAGGACACUCCGGCAAAAUCAAUAUUCAACUUCUCUUGUCAUCUUGCUAAGAUAUCAAAGUUGGCCUGAAUUCAGUUCACUUAAAUGACCAAAUGGCUCAAAACUACUUGAAUUAUUCUUGGCUGUCUGUCAUACUGUCAUACUGAAGGCUGAUAGUGAAACUUGACACUUGACAAUGACACUUGAUACGCGCGCAUUAGAUUACAUAAUCAUUUAACUCAGGAUAAAGUAUAAAAGAGGCAGAAGAACUGUUGCAUUAGCAUCAGUGCAGUUGAAGUGACAGGAACUAAAAGACUCUUGGAAUCAUUACAGUUUAAUAAUCACCAUGAAGUGUAGCUUGUUGGCGUGUCUUGCUCUCCUCAUUGUCUCCUCUUACAGUUUUCCAAUGUUGGAGCUCAAACCUGCAGUCAAGCUUCCAAAACCAGACCUUGGAAAUCUUGUAGAAGUUGCCAAUUCCCUUGGCUUGACUAAGUUGUUAAGCACUGCUAAAGCAGCUGGUAUCGCUCAAGUUCUAGAGAUGGACAAAUCACUGACUUUGUUUGGCCCCACCGACGAAGCAUUCGAUACGAUCCCCGAAGCCUACAAACCUAUGUUGGCAAACUCCACCUUCUUGAAGGAGGUUUUACUAUUUCAUGUCAUAAAGUCAGUAGUGUACGCUAAUGCCAUCAAUAUCUUGGAUAUGCCCAAGAAGAACAUACGAUUCAAUGUGUACGAUGGUGGAAAGAUCGUCACUGCACAGUGUAGUCCAAUCAUCAAAGUCAAUCAGAAUGCUUCAAAUGGAGUGAUCCACGUGGUCAAUCGAGUCAUGAUUCCACCAUUCGGCACCGUUACAGACGUCGUCUCGAUGGAAAAGCAAUACUUCAGUACCCUGCUAACAGCUGUGCUCACUGCUAAACUACAGGACGUAUUGGCAGGACCAGGCCCUUUCACUGUAUUUGCACCAACCAACAAUGCUUUUGCCAAGAUUCCCGCCGAAAAGCUGAAAGAAAUCCUCAAAAACAUCCCAUUGUUGACCAAGAUCCUCAAAUACCACGUGGUACCCGGGACCUUCUGCUCGGCGGGUCUCGCAAAUGGGGCGACUGUGCCCACCCUAGAGGGGAGUGACGUUACUAUUCACAUAUCGAGCGGAUCAGUGUCUGUGAACGAUGCCGUUGUUGUCUUUAUAGAUAUACCUGUUACCAAUGGCGUUGUUCAUGUUAUUGACACUGUUUUGAUCCCAAAAGACGUUGAGAUUGAACUGAAAGACUCUUGGAAUCAUUACAGUUUAAUAAUCACCAUGAAGUGUAGCUUGUUGGCGUGCCUUGUUGUCCUCAUUGGCUCCUCUUACAGUUUUCCAAUGUUGAAACUCAAACCUGCAGUCAAGCUUGUCAAACCAGGCCAAAACCUUGGGAAUAUUGUAGAAGUUGCCGAUUCCCUUGGCCUGACUAAGUUGUUAAGCACUGCUAAAGCAGCUGGUAUCGCUCAAUUUCUAGAGAUGGGCAAGUCUCUGACUUUGUUUGGCCCCACCGACGAAGCAUUCGAUACGAUCCCCGAAGCCUACAAACCUAUGUUGGCAAACUCCACCUUCUUGAAGGAGGUCGUCACCGCACAGUGUAGUCCAAUCAUCAAAGUCAACCAGAAUGCUUCAAAUGGAGUGAUCCACGUGGUCAAUCGAGUCAUGAUCCCACCAUUCGGCACCGUUACAGACCUUGUCGCCAUGGAUACGCAUUACACUAGUACCCUGUUGAAAGCUGUGCUCGCUGCUAAAUUACAAGGUGUAUUGGCAGGACCAGGCCCUUUCACUGUAUUUGCACCAACCAACGAUGCUUUUGCCAAGAUUCCCGCCGAAAAGCUGAAAGAAAUCUUCAAAAAUAUCGCACUGUUGACCAAGAUCCUCAAAUACCACGUGGUACCCGGGACCUUCUGCUCGGCGGGUCUCACAAAUGGGGCGACUGUGCCCACUCUAGAGGGGAGUGACGUCACUAUUCACAUAUCGAGCGGAUCAGUGUCUGUGAACGAUGCUGCUGUUGUCUUUAUUGAUCUUCCUGUCACCAAUGGCGUUGUUCAUGCUAUUGACACUGUUUUGAUCCCAAAAGACGUUGAGAUUUGAAAUAUUUUCACUAUUAAAAACGUUUCUAAUCUAAAACGAA